AUGAUGUGGUCGUGCGGGUUGGCUCUCAUUUGCUCGGCAUUCAUUCACUCGUUAAUCCAUUCGACUGUUCGCCGGGACGUGCGAUACGUCGACGUAGCCAUGCGGGUUGGCCCCCAUUCACUCAUCCGCUCGUCCAUUCACCCGUUCGCCGCUCACCGUGACGUGCGAGGCGUCGACGUAGCCGUGCGGGUUGGCCCCCAUUCACUCAUCCGCUCGUCCAUUCAUCCGUUCGCCGCUCACCGUGACGUGCGAGGCGUCGACGUAGCCUUGCGGGUUGGCCCCCAUUCACUCAUCCGCUCGUCCAUUCACCCGUUCGCCGCUCACCGUGACGUGCGAGGCGUCGACGUAGCCGUGCGGGUUGGCCCCCAUUCACUCAUCCGCUCGUCCAUUCACCCGUUCGCCGCUCACCGUGACGUGCGAGGCGUCGACGUAGCCGUGCGGGUUGGCCCCCAUUCACUCAUCCGCUCGUCCAUUCACCCGGUCGCCGCUCACCGUGACGUGCGAGGCGUUGACGUAGCCGUGUGCGGGUUGGCCCCCAUUCACUCAUCCGCUCGUCCAUUCACCCGUUCGCCGCUCACCGUGACGUGCGAGGCGUCGACCCGUGUGCGGGUUUGCCCCCAUUCACUCAUCCGCUCGUCCAUUCACCCGGUCGCCGCUCACCGUGACGUGCGAGGCGUCGACGUAGCCGUGCGGGUUGGCCCCCAUUCACUCAUCCGCUCGUCCAUUCACCCGUUCGCCGCUCACCGUGACGUGCGAGGCGUCGACGUAGCCGUGCGGGUUGGCCCCCAUUCACUCAUCCGCUCGUCCAUUCACCCGGUCGCCGCUCACCGUGACGUGCGAGGCGUCGACGUAGCCUUGCGGGUUGGCCCCCAUUCACUCAUCCGCUCGUCCAUUCACCCGGUCGCCGCUCACCGUGACGUGCGAGGCGUCGACGUAGCCGCGCGGGUUGGCCCCCAUUCACUCAUCCGCUCGUCCAUUCACCCGUUCGCCGCUCACCGUGACGUGCGAGGCGUUGACGUAGCCGUGCGGGUUGGCCCCCAUUCACUCAUCCGCUCGUCCAUUCACCCGGUCGCCGCUCACCGUGACGUGCGAGGCGUUGACGUAGCCGUGCGGGUUGGCCCCCAUUCACUCAUCCGCUCGUCCAUUCACCCGGUCGCCGCUCACCCCGUGCGGGUUGGCCCCCAUUCACUCAUCCGCUCGUCCAUUCACCCGGUCGCCGCUCACCGUGACGUGCGAGGCGUCGACGUAGCCGUGCGGGUUGGCCCCCAUUCACUCAUCCGCUCGUCCAUUCACCCGUUCGCCGCUCACCGUGACGUGCGAGGCGUUGACGUAGCCGUGCGGGUUGGCCCCCAUUCACUCAUCCGCUCGUCCAUUCACCCGUUCGCCGCUCACCGUGACGUGCGAGGCGUUGACGUAGCCGUGCGGGUUGGCCCCCAUUCACUCAUCCGCUCGUCCAUUCACCCGGUCGCCGCUCACCGUGACGUGCGAGGCGUUGACGUAGCCGUGUGCGGGUUUGCCCCCAUUCACUCAUCCGCUCGUCCAUUCACCCGGUCGCCGCUCACCGUGACGUGCGAGGCGUCGACG